CGAAUUUACCACUUUGCUGAAGAAUCUGGUUUAUGACAUCAUAAAGGAUAUUUAUCUUCAGUUCUGUGAAGACAUGAUCUACAUACUAGAUGAGGCCUAUGGGUUUUUACCGUUACCUGAGGAAGAGAACGUGGACUUAAAUUCAAAUGACUCGUCAUAUACAAUGAGGGUGUCUACCAGUAUUCCUUCGGCAAACUCUGUUGGCAAAUGCUCCAACCUUGGUCUGACUUCUGGCUCCUUUAAGGAAGCCGGCGAGAAAACACCACAUGUGGCUAUUAAGCCUUUCCAGAUACCCGUGGAAGAGAAGAUGGAGUCAUAUUCAUAUGGACCAUCAGAGAUAACAGUGUUUUCUAGUCCACAACUGGCUGGACCUUCCAUCUUCAACUUCAGUGGCCUCAGUGGCUGGACCAUUCCUUCCUCCUCUUCCAAUUCAUCCUCUUUGUGGAUUUUGGAUUCAGGUGCGGCGCACCAUGCUUGUUACUCUCGAGCCUCCUUUGAAUCCUUCGUUCCGAUUUUCAAUUUUUCUGUUUCUCUACCAAAUGGACAUACAGUUCCGGUAGAUGGAACAGGGUCUGUUCGUUUGUGUGAUGAUCUUACUCUCCAAAAUGUUCUGUUUGUUCCCCAAUUCCAUUGCAAUCUGCUUUCUAUUAGUGCCCUCACUCAGCAAUAUCCCUAUGUUGUUGGUUUUUCUUCUGAUCAUUAUGUUAUUGAGGACCCUACACAAGGCCGAAGGAUUGGGAUUGGUAGACGGGCAGGUAAUCUCUACAUUCUGGACUUGAGCAAGAAGUUUUUCGUUUCCCCGUAAUAAUGUCUCUUUGACACAAUCAGAACCUCCCAUGUUACGAACAUUAAAUUAGGGAUGGUUCAGUUGUGUGAUAGUUCUUUGCCAUGUUUGUGUUCAGUUUGCCCCCAUAGCAAAAAGAAAAAAUUUGCUAUUCAUUUCUUGGAACUAAUUGACUGGUUCACGCUUUGAUCUUAUGCAUUGUUAUAUUUGGACCCCUUUUGCUCCAUGCCUAGUUGAAGGUUUUGCUCCUUUUCAACAAAUAAACGUAUAAUCAGUUACAUUAUAGUUU